AUGAAGAAGAUCAAGAGUGGAAAAGCGCUAGUGGAAGAAGUAAGGAAGAUUAAGAAGAACAUCAACGCUGGCAGUACUAUUUCAUCACAGCUUGAGCUGAGUGUUGCUGGGAUAUCCCUUGAUACAUGUGAGGUUUCAAAACCUUCACAUUCAGCUGAGCAAGAUAGCGAGAGUCCAGAGGAAGAGAUACUUCAUAUCCAAGAAGAAAUACUCGAAGCCAAGGAACAAGAUGAUCCAGAGCUUAAAUGCCCAAGUGAUCAAGUUGAAGAUCCAAUGUCUAUCUCUCCCGAAGAAGUAAAAGAAGCUACUGUAGCUGAAGAUGAAGAACCUGAGAUUCAUUUGCCUAUUAUCAUACAUGAGCAUGAUGUGUCAGGUUUAUCCAAUCCUCUCCAUGACAUGCAUCCUUAUGAUUUCUUUCCUACUACCUUGCAUUGCAUGAUGCCAUCUGUUAAAGUAGAUUUGAGGAAGUAUUUGCUUGGAUAUGAUGAUAUAUACCCUGUUAGUGGCAUUACUCUCAUUUGUGAUGAUCAUAGUUGCUUUCCUCGUGCUAGUCCUAUGCUAAAUGAAACAUAUCAUUCCCAUGCUAGUCCUGAGCUUAAUAAUAAAUAUCAUCCUCAUGUUAGUGUUGACCUUGCCGAUUUCUACCAUCCUAAACAUGUGCUUUAUAGCUAUGCUUAUGUAAUUGGAUAUUCGAUUGAUGACUUGGAGGGUAUUAUCCCUACCACUUGCAUUGUCUCUUUUGUUGAGUGCUCUUUCAGGUUCUUCCUUGUGCACGAGUCACUACAUGCUGACCAGGUUCGAGGUGACAUUCCUUGGGACCUCGGUGGAAACUGA